CAUUCCAAAACGCUUUGUUUUGCUGAUUUUUGGCAUCACCACUGUCUGUGAGCCUGCAGCCUCCAAUAAUAACUGUCAUCGAAAAGACUGUAAUGGAACAUGGUAUGACAUCAAAGAGGCUACAUGCUGCGGAAACAGACUUUACCCUGGUGCAGGCCUGUCUUGUUGUGGAAAUGAGCCUUACAGUCCUGGAACAGCCACUUGUUGUAAACAGCACCACAGAUACACUGUCACAGCCAGUGUUACACAGGGUCUUAGUGAAAAGGUAUCGAGCUGCUGUGAACUGAAGGCUUACAACCCAGUGAAUGAAAUAUGUUGCCAGUCAGCCAUCAUAGCAAAACCUUCACCAAUGGCUGAGUGUUGUGGUAAAGAUGUUUUUGAUAAGGUCAAGCAGUUGUGUUGUGGUUCGCCUGAUAUUAAGAUGAUUCUGAUGAGGAAUUCCAGUCACCAUCAGUGCUGUGGUCACAGCCAGUAUGACACCGAGACUCAGUGCUGUUGUUCAAAUGAGGAGAAGAGGCUGGAGGUACAACCAAAGAUUUCAUCCUGCUGUCUCAGGGACUCCACUUCAGCUCAUUUAUGUGGAAAUGAGACCUAUGACAAAAACACACAACUAUGCUGUCAGUCAACUGUUAUUGACAAACGUUCACCGAAUCACAGAUGCUGUGACAAAAGGGCGUAUGAUGUGGAAAAGGAGCUGUGUUGUGGUCCGAUUAGUGAUAAGAAGAUCCUGACAAGGAACUCUCCAGAUCACAUGUGCUGUCAUCAGGGCCAGUUCAACAGCAAGACUGAAUGUUGCUGCUGGAAGGAUGAUGGUGCUGAGAUACAACCGAGGAAUUCAUCUUGCUGUAUGCAACAAGAGGCACCUGUGUUCCAACCCAACUGCACUGAACCAAACACACAUCUCUGUGGGUCAACAUGCUACAAUCCAAAAGAGCACCACUGCUGUGAAAGAAACCAAAAGCCUCACUGGUUCUGCACCUCAGGUCAAAGCAAGGCAACACCCACUGUAUAUAAUCCACACAUACAAGUCUGCUGUGAUGGAUGUAUGUCUACGUGGAAGCCUUGGAUGGAUCAGUGCUGUGGAGAGACGCCAUAUGGCUCGGGACAACGCAGAGUUCUCUGUUGUAAUAACACCUUGUAUGAGGACAGAGACGAUGGAGAGGAAUGUUCUGGCACGGGUAUUCCUUACAAUCCGGCUAAAGGGACCAUAUGUUGUUCUCAGUUUCAUGGCAGCCCAGGACAACACUGCUGUGGGACAGAAAUUUACCGGCCUGAUGUUGAGAUUUGCUGCAAUGGACACAGACAUCCCAAAUCAGAAAACAUUCACUGCUGUGGGGUCAAAGCCUACAACAUUAAAGACCCACAAAUGAAGUGCUGUGCAGGAAGUCUGUACAAUCUGACAUCAUUAGAUAAGCAUGGAGGGGACGCGCAGUGCUGCGGAUCCACUCUGCAAAAGCCACAGGACAUUUGCUGCUCAAGUGAGGACAAAGAGGUGAUCUACUCUGCCAAGACAGGGUUCAAAUGCUGUGGUCACCUCUAUUACAACACCGCCCUGUGGUCAUGCUGUGCUGGGAGGCUGAGAUCAAUCCAUGAACCAGGACAGGGUCGAAGAAAGAUGAUUAAUGAAUCCAAAGUCCUAUCUGUGAAUAAUCUGAACAAAACAGAUCUUUGCCAAAAAAUUUACAUUGGGACUGUGGAAAGUGUGUCUCAGCAGAGCGUUGUGUUUGGGAAUGUGCUGAAGGUUCAUGGUAUGAAGACCAAAGUGAAAGCUCUGCCUUUUCCUUACAUCCUGGAAACAGAUGAUCGCUGCAGCUCCCCUAAACUGAUUCUUGGGAAGACCUACUUCUUUAACAAAGUUAAUGUUUUCACUGACUUCAAUCAUGACUCUGUUCUUCAGUCACUCCAUGUCAUUAUUUGCAAAUGUUCACCUUAGGUCACCAUUGGUUGAUUUAUACAUGGGCAGUCCUGAUGAGUUACUCUAUUCUCUGACAAAGUACUCAUUUUGUAUUUUCAUUUUGUGCUUGCAGUAUUGAGUUUUUCACUGUCUUGAAUGUAUUACACAUUACUGCAUUGUUUUGCAUUGGUCUGUUAGCAAUAGUGAUGGUAUCCUAAAAAGAAAGAAAUAUACCUAAUUUGUCCUUUGUUUUUUUGUGUAUUACUAGAGCCAUUACUAAUGGUUGAUUCUCACAAUUAAAUCAAAGAACUCCUUAUGUAACAUCUGUAACUGAACCCAAGAGUUUAACUAGUAACCGUAAAGUCUUUACCUGAUUUAGAAACAGUAAUGCAUUACUUUUAAAUUGCUACACUUAACACUGCUUACUUAUGCAUUUAAAAUAAAUACAUACAUAAUAUUACUAAAACUGCAGCAUCAGUUACAUGUUACUCUGCACGUAACUAGCCAAACCCUGCUGUUCCUCCACUCUCAGAAAAUCUGUUCACUGAGAUGACUAAGUGAAAAUAUUCAAAAUCACUAAGAACAUUGUAGCUUUUUACUGAAAUAUUUCACAUUGUACUCACUCGCAUAACUUAAGACAGUUAUUACUACUGUGACACAGCCCAGUUGGUACAUAUUUAAGUAUAGAAUGUAUGCAAUAAUACAAUGAAACAGUUAACUCCAGAAGUCUAAAAAAAGCUAGCAUGGAAUCAACCGUUGCUGACUUCUUACAGCACUAUAAAAGGUAGCUUGCUAAAAUAUUAGCAUAUAGCUUGUUGUUUACCUUUAAGCUACUUUCUUGCGCUGAAACAAAUUAUAAUACAUAAUUUAAAAAAUGUUUGUACAUGACCUUGACCCUAUUAAAUUCCGUUCUUUUUCUGAAUUCUGUUGCCGACAGAGAAAGACUUCCG